AUGUCUGACUCUCCCAUUGACCCUGAUCAAUUCACCCGAGAGGGUUCGAUCACCAAGACCUACUACCGAGAUGUUUAUUCAGCCAUUGAGCCAUCGAAACCGCGAUUCUCCCAGGAAGACAGAGUGACUAUUAUCACGGGCGCGGGAAAGGGAAUUGGCAGGGCAAUCGCAAGAAGCCACGCCCAAUCCGGCGUGAAGGGACUAGUGCUGAUCACCUUAUCCAUGUCAUCUGCAGAGGAAACCAAAAAGGUCGUCCAAGCGGAGUUCCCUUCUGUUGAGAUCCUUACGCUUCCCACUGAUAUAGUCGAUGAAAAAGCGGUGGCCCGCACCUUCGACGUCAUCAAAGAUAAGUUUGGGACUGCCCACACCCUAGUAAACAACGCUGGAGUCUUCGCACCUGGUGCCCCCAUUGUGGAGUCCGAUUCCGUCACCUGGUGGAAUGACUUUGAGAUCAACGUGCGUGGUACAUACCAUGUCACGGCAGCAUUUUUGCGUUUGACCACUCAGACGCCACAGGUCAAGCCCACAGUAGUAAACUUGAUCAGCUCAAUCGCGUUGACACCGCCGACACUAAGCAGUUACUUCAUUAGCAAACUGGGUGUGGCCAAGUUUACUGAGUUUGUCACCGCCGAGAACCCUCAUGUCACAGCCUAUAGUCUAUCGCCGGGCAUUGUCCUUACGAGCAUGACGUUGGAAUCGUUUAAGCCAUUCGCGAGAGAUAGUGCCGAAUUGACCGGAGCCGUGACGGUAUACCUGGCGACUAAGCGUCCAACCUAUCUCAAUGGCCGUCACCUAUCCGUUAACUGGGAUUUGGAAGAGCUGGAGACUCGACAAUCUGAGUUUGCUUCUUCGGAUAAGUUGCAGAUUGGACAAUUUGUCUGA